AUGCAUGUGGUAUCCUUCCUGGGGAUCGUGUCCUUGCUUUCUACCUCACACCUCAAGCGACUUGAAUUGAUCAACUGGACCGUAUCUAACCCGGAUGCCUCAGAUCUGCUCCCCAUCCUUGUUGCAUGUCAGCGCACUCUUCGGGAGUUGACGCCAGAAAUAAUUGGCGUACGCUGUGGGCGGGGGAACCCUCGGCAAGUACACUCAGAAUCCAGGCCUUCCACUCCCGUGGUCUGCCUUGACGCUCUCCGACACCUCACGCUCUCGCAGAACAUGAAAUCCCUCCCUACCAUCGAUUUCAUUGAAUGUCCAAAAUUGGAAUCCCUCAAGAUGGCGAAUCAUGGCGACGACCCUUGGUUUAUUCCAGAGUGGAUCCCAGCAAGUGUUUCUCAUCUCAUCCUGAAUGUUCUCCCAGAUAUUCCGCUCCCUAAUCUCGGCACGACCAUAUGUCCUUCUGAAUUAACGAUCAAUAUGAUUGACGCAGAAGUCGUCGAAUACCUCGACACCAUGACGUGGAUACAGCAGUGCCUCGACAAACUUCCGCAUCCCGGUCGUCUUCAGCAGAUUACUAUUUUGAUUGACGGUCCAUACGAGGAGCCACUGACGUGCAAGCGUAGUGAUUAUGAACCACUAUAUUGCGCCUUACAGCGACUCCACGGGCUCGGGGGCUUGAAGCGCAUCAACUUCAAUAUCAUCAAUGAUCGUGACGAGGUUUCCACAUUCAAAGAGGUGUUUGCCGACAUAUUGGAGGAAAUAUCUGCCGAGGUUGAGGGCGCGCGGAUAGACUUACGCAUGCGAUUUGUGUAG